GAGGGCCCAUCUUGUCGCAGCAGAAUGAUUGUCAGGGGCAGGGUGAGAAUAGUUUUGUUUCCAGCCGGUUUCCAGCCUGAUGUCAGGGAAGGCGAACAUACGAGGAGGAACCAGUGGAUGAACUAAUCCCUGCGCGAUGGGAUUCACUGGUAUUCGCUGAUGCUUUGUUUGCGACCCUGGCAUGGCUGAUUUCCUGGCUGCUUUCUGUGACUCUGAUCCUUCUAACCCAUUUCCAUUGUGGGAGAAUGGCACCGUUGGAUACUGCUUCACUCAGCUGGUUCUCAAUGUGGUGCCUCACGCUGCACUGGCCUUUGCCAGUGCUUGUUAUCUUAACACCCCUCGAUCUCGCUGGCAGAAUUUCACAUGGAGCUGGGAAAGCAGGAUUAUCAUUUCCUUCGUUAUGUUGGCUCUUUUCCUCAUUGAUGUGUUGGCAAUCAUCUUUUUCCCGAACUUGAAAACUCUGUGGCUGGAGGUGUUGGUAGAUUCUGUUUCUGUGAUAGCCUGGCUAGUUCAUGGGCUAGCAAUGAUAGCACUCAGCAGAUCGCAGUAUGGGCGGUCGUUAGGUCCAACAGUUCUGAUGAUUUUUGCUGUCCUUCCUGCUCCGGCAUUUAUUAUCAUUCUGGUCGCUGAUUGUCAGACUGGACAAAUCACAUGUUCAGAAUAUCUCUCAAGCUGGCUGCGAUUCAUAUUGAUCAGUGCAGAAUUAAGUUUGCUUAUUGGUUAUAUUGUUGUGCUCGUGGCCUCCCACUCCAGAAGAGAGGAACAGGGUUCUGAACGAGAGCCCUUGUUGCAGGGUCAGAGUACUGAACCUGAGGAACAGAUUGCAGCUGAAGAAGGGACAAGUUGGGUCUCUCGCCUCUUCUACUACUGGAUGAACCCCCUCCUGAAGCAAGGGUAUAAUCGUCAGAUUACCCAGCCCGACCAUGUCUACCAACUUCCACCAAAACUUCGCACCCAAACUAUUGAAGAUCUUUUUCAGAAAAGCUUGCAGAUAUGUAAGCUCAGGGAAGCAUCCAAGAAGGGAAAUAAACAAGCCGGACAAAAAUCUAAACCUGAUCAAGUACAGAGCCCCCGCAGAAAUUCAUGGAGAGACCGAAGGCCAUCUGCGAAGAUCCAAGAAGAGACCACACAAGCAAACCAAGAUACAGAAAUACCACUAUCCGCAGUCUUGCACAAAGCCUUUGGCUUUCGUUAUUACUCCCUGGGUAUAUUAAAAUUUACAGGCAACAUGCUGGGCUGUGCAGGACCUCUGCUUUUAAAUCUGCUGGUCAAUUUCAUGGAGUCUGGCACCAAGCAAAUAAACAAAGGCAUCUGGUACACAUUAGGACUGUUUCUGAGCACCUUUAUAGGAGCCAUUGUACUCAACCAGUUCAACUAUCACGUCAUGAUGAUAGGGAUGUCAGUUCGGUCAGCGAUAAUCUCUGCCAUCUAUCGUAAAGCUUUGCGUGUCAAUGCCAUCUGUAUUUCGAAGUUCUCAGUGGGUGAGAUUGUCAACUUCAUGAGCACUGACACAGACCGGAUAGUGAAUUUCUUUCCCAGCUUUCAUGAAGUGUGGAGUCUACCAUUUCAGUUUGGUAUCAUUCUCUACCUUCUGUACCAGCAGGUUGGUGUGGCAUUUCUAGGUGGCCUUAUUCUAGGGUUACUACUGAUACCGAUAAACAAGAUCAUUGCCAACCUUAUCAUGGAAAAUAACAAGAAAAUGCUCGGGCAUAAGGAUGGCAGAGUCAUGCUGAUGACUGAGAUUCUGUUUGGAAUACGGGUAAUAAAAUUCUACACCUGGGAGAACCAUUUCACGGCAAAGGUUGAUGACUACAGAAAGAAAGAGCUGCACCGUCUCAGAAUCAUCAAGUAUCUUGACGCAGUUUGUGUUUACAUGUGGGCGGCCCUGCCUGUCGUGAUUUCCGUCAUCACUUUUGUCACCUACAUCUUAAUGGGACACCAGCUAACUGCGGCCAAGGUGUUCACAGCCUUAGCUUUGGUGGGAAUGUUGAUCAUGCCCCUGAAUAACUUUCCUUGGGUCCUGAAUGGAAUAUUACAGGCAAAGGUCUCCUUGGAUCGGAUCCAGCGCUUUCUGAUGCUCUCAGACCAGGAUUUGACAAAGUACUAUACAGCAGACCCAUCCGAGGAUUCUAACUCAGCAGUUGAGCUGCAUGAUGCUACCUUCUCUUGGAGACCAUGCGAAACGUCUGAUGAGGAGGCUGAGCAUGAUGGCAGUAUGGUGCUCUUGAAUCUGAAUCUAAUACUGAGAAAGGGGCAGUUGACAGGAAUUGUUGGAAAGGUUGGCUCCGGCAAGAGCUCACUAUUAGCAGCCAUAAUGGGAGAACUCAACAGGCUUGACGGGGAGGUGUACAUCUCAACACUGGAGGAAGGCUUCGGCCUAGCUGCUCAGGAGUCCUGGAUUCAGUUUGCUACAAUCCGUGAAAACAUACUUUUUGGCCAUCCAUUUGAUGACAAGCGUUACCAGGAAGUGAUCGAGACAUGUGCACUCUCAGAGGAUCUUGAAGUCCUGCCAGAUGGUGACCAGACGAGUGUCGGUGAAAAUGGAGUGACUCUCAGUGGUGGUCAGAAAGCCCGUAUUGCCCUGGCCAGAGCUGUUUACAUGGACAAAGAUGUGUACCUUCUCGAUGACCCACUAGCUGCCGUGGAUGCAGAUGUAGCUAAUCACCUCAUGAAGGAUUGUAUCCUGGGAAUUUUGAAAGAUAAGACUGUUAUCCUAUGCACACACCGAACAGAAUUUUUGGAUGCAGCUGACAUGAUAGUUAUGAUGGAAAAUGGGAAGAUAAUAGAAAUAGGUACCCCUGAUGAAGUCCUGAAAAAGGCAGAAGACAACCACAAAACAAAAAGGAAGAAUUCAAAAAAGAAAGCUGCAGCAAAGGAAGAACAGAUUGAGGUGGUGGAGGAGGAAACGAAAGAGCCUGAUGAAAUAAUGGAGGUCAUACUGGAGGCCAAGAAUGAGCAGAACGAAGAGAAGAAGGUUGGAACAGUAUCCCUACAAGUGUACCGAACAUACUGGAUGUCGGUUGGCAAAUUGCUGGCAUUCUUGGUGCUCUUGUCUAUAUUCCUAAUGCAAGCCACGCGUAACCUGUCUGAUUGGUGGCUCUCUCAUUGGAUCUCUCAUCUGAAACACAAAACUGACUCCACGUCAAACAGCAAUUCCGAAAUGGACCCCACACAUCACAUGAUGCGAUUCAUUCGGUCCCUCUUCAAUACAAGCAUUUCGCCGGAUGUCAAGUUCUACCUCAUUGUUUUUGGUGUCAUUGGUGCUGCAAACACCGUAUUCUCAGGAAUGCGAGCCUUCCUCUUUGCCUGUGGUGCAAUCCGUGCUGCUGUUGUUGUUCACCACAAACUUCUACUUCGCACAAUGCAGGGCACAGUGUGCUUUUUUGACACUACUCCGAUUGGACGCAUUGUGAACCGUUUCUCAUCUGACCUCUACAGUGUGGACGACGCACUUCCCUUCAUCGUCAACAUCUUCCUAGCCACUCUGUUUGGCCUGCUGGGCAUGGUGCUCAUGAUCAGCUACAGUUUGCCAUGGAUCAUGCUGGUUCUGAUGCCACUUGCCAUCGUUUACUUCUACCUGCAACGCUACUACCGCUUCACUUCAAGGGAGUUAAAGCGCCUCACUGCCAUCACUCUCUCCCCAAUCUAUACGCAGUUCUCCGAGACACUGAAGGGUCUUACCACUAUUCGGGCAUCGCGGGCUGUUCCAAGGUUUGAGAAGGAGAACAACCGUCGCCUUGAGCUGAACCAGCGCUGUCUUUAUGCUGCCAAUACUGCCAUGCAGUGGCUUGACAUCAGGCUGCAGAUGAUUGGUGUUACUGUUGUGACAUCCAUUGCUGUUAUUGCAGUCAUUGAGCACAGUCUGAGCCGUGGCAACCCUGGCCUGGUGGGUCUUGCCCUGUCCUAUGCCCUGUCAGUCACAAGUCUACUCUCUGGAGUCAUUUCUAGCUUCACACAAACUGAAACACAGAUGGUGAGUGUGGAGCGCUUGGAUGAAUAUAUCACCGAAAUUCCCAGUGAACAUCAGGAUGAAUAUCUUGAGGUUUCUCCCACGUGGCCACCACGCGGUAUGAUUUUAUUCCAAGAUGUGGUCCUUGUAUAUCGGCCGGGACUACCUGCUGUGCUCAAUGGAAUUAACAUCAAGAUUAAUCCUGGUGAGAAAAUUGGCAUUGUGGGACGGACAGGUUCAGGAAAGUCCUCUCUCUUCCUGGCACUAUUUCGGAUGGUGGAAUUGACUGAAGGUCGGAUUUUCAUCGACGGUGUUGACACGCGUACUAUCAGAUUGUCAGAUCUUCGAUCAAAUAUGGCAAUCAUUCCACAGGAUCCAUUCUUGUAAAGUCAGUGGCACAGUGCGAGAAAAUCUGGACCCACUGAACCAUCACACUGACCAGGAGCUCCAGGUCGUGCUUCAUCAGUGUCACUUACAAGAAGUUACCAGCAAAAUGGGUAAGUGCCGACCCAAUC